AUGAAGGGCACAACCUUUGUUCCCUCUGAUCACGAGACUCUGGAUGGCACGGGGAACUUUUCUAAAUUUUAUUCAGUUCGAGUGGUUUCAGUGGCGCAGGAGACAAAACCAGGACCAAUCAAGGCGGCCAGUUCUCACUCUGCGCGCUCUGCUUUAGUGUACUGCUACAACUGUUCCCGGAAAGGACAUUUUGGAUAUGAGUGCUCAGAAAAGCGGAUGCAUGGGAGCAUGUUCCCUACUUCUCCAUUCAUCUACUACUAUGAUGAUGAAUAUGAUGUCAAGAAAAGAGCGAACAGAUUAAAAAGAAAGGUUGCAGAACUACAGGAAGCCGGCCUUCUGCCAGAACAGUUAGAGACACCAUGGCAGGAAGAAAAACAUGGGGGGCACAGCUAUAAGAAAAAGAGCAAGCCUUGGAAAGAACAUGGGAAACAGAACAAAGAUGGCAAGUGUCACAAAAAGAUGAAGAUGUCCCGGGGAGAGAAACCCAGAGAAGAGAAACACAGAAGUGAUGUUGAAAUUGGCUACAAGAUGGAGGAGGACUUCCCUAGAGGGUGUAAAAGGCAGGCAUGUAAGGGCAGCAAAAUCUGUCACCCGUCCAUUUUCCAGGCAUUCCCAGGCAGCAAGACUGCAUAUGUGCAGGAGCCUCUGGAAGGUGCUAAAAGGAAGAAGAAAUGGAAAAAGCAGAAAGAUGCUAGUCCUGAUAUCAAUGAGAAUUUAUUCCUCAUAAAACAGAGGAGGAAGAAGUCUAAACAGAAAUCCUGGUAUUGA